AUGAAUGAGACUUCUAAAGAGGUUUCUACUGAGAAUGUUGAGUCCAGUGGAGACAACAAUGUUAAGGUCGUGGUUCGACUAAAACCUGUUCCAACUUGUGAACCCCCCGAAACACCUUCUGUGGUUGCUGCCGAUUCUACCACUGUUGAGAUUAUCAGGAAUAAUGUGUCUUCGCCCGGUACUGGCGCAAUGGUCAACCACAAGGAAAUCACCAGCAACCGUUCAUUUGAGUUCGAUCAUGUAUUUGCCCCAGAAUCUACCCAAGAAGAGGUCUACGACUUCGUUGCUGAGGAAAUGUUGGACAAAUUCUUCGGAGGAUACAAUAGUACAAUAUUAGCUUACGGACAGACCGGUUCAGGGAAAUCAUACACCAUGUUUGGCACUUUGAAUAACAGUGGCUUAAUUCCCAGGAUAUGUGAGCAAAUAUUCCAGCGAAUCGACGUGAAGAAAGGACCAGCUAUAGAGUACGUUGUAUCGGUCUCUUUUCUCGAGAUAUAUUUAGAGAAGGUUUACGAUUUGUUAGAUAUGAGCAUCAACCAUUCACUGACGCCGAGAAAAGGGGAAGAGAAAAGGGUCAGAUUAAGCUUACAGGAUUCUAAAGCGCUAGGCAUCCACGAAUCCGCUACAAUCGUAUCUGUUAGUGACAGUAAUGAACUUUUACACUGCAUUCGCAUGGGUGACACCCAGAGAUAUAAAGGUUCAACAGAGAUGAACUUAGAAAGUUCAAGAUCACAUGCGAUAGUAAAGAUACACCUACAAGAAACAAAUAGUCUAGAAGGGGGGAUCCAAACUUCUAAUCUAUUUCUAGUAGACUUGGCAGGGUCCGAGAAAGUUUCGAAAACAAACGCAGUUGGAGUAACGUUGGAGGAGGCAAAGAAGAUCAAUUUAUCUUUGAGUUCCUUGGGAAACGUUAUCAACGCCUUAACACAGAAGGACAAAAAAAGAAUACAUAUACCAUAUAGAGACUCUCAACUAACCAGGUUGUUGAGUGAUUCUCUAGGAGGUAAUAGCAAAACAACUUUGAUCCUAAACUGUGCUUCGGAUAAGUUUAAUGAGCCGGAAACCUUAACAACUCUUCGCUUUGGUUCCCGGGCUAAAUACAUCAAGAACAAGGCUGUGGUAAACAAGAGUGACAUAUACAUCAAAAAGGAGAUGGAGAACACUAUUACGAGACUCGAAGUAAGAGAACUAAAACUUAAGAGAAGGAUAACGCACUUGGAAAGAGAAAUCGAAACAUUGAAAGCGUCCGACCCACGUGAUAAGGAAGAACUGCUAUCGGAACUUGAAGAGCAGAACAAGAAGCUAUCGGCACAAGUGGAGACCCUAAAGGGUCUUCUUGAGUCUUCUGAGAAGGCCUCUGAAGAAGAAAGUGAGACGGCGACAGCGGAAAGUAAGACAUCGUGUGUCGACGACUUGUUGGUAAGUCUAAUGGAGAAAUGCGAGCUGUUAGUUGACCUCCAGUCCAAACUAGAUGAGCAGUCGGACCAAGAACAAUUAUUAAGAGAGCAAAUCAACGCUCUGAAACUGAUAGAAUCGCGCCUUAUAGAACGCAACAACACCCUAACUGAGCAGCUCACCACGUCUCAGUUGGAGAACCUAAAUUUAACCAACGAGAAUAUGACCUUAUCAAAGGACAUCGCAACCAUUCAUAGAAUAUCGAAAACUAGGGCUGAAAGAAUUCAGGUCCUAGAGUCGACCGUUCGGGAGUUAUCCGAUCUUCGAUUAGAUAGCGAGUUAAACCUCCCAACGUCAUUCGAGGCAAUACAAGAGGUACGCGAGCCAUUGUCUGUGAUAUCCCAGACUCCAAUAAACUGGUGGGGUGUAUUCGGGCCGUCACGAAGGUCAUCUAUCAGCAGUGUACACUCUGGGGGAUUGGCCAAGAUACCAAGUAAUGAGACCAAAAGAUCUAAGAAAUCGGGUUUCAACUUACACGUGGUUAAGGCUCCCGUUUCUCAUGAAAUAGAGGCAAUAGACUAG